AUGAUGAAAUUAAUCUCAUCACAACUUGCUAUUUUUAUCUUCUCUUUGGUAGCUCUUAUUCAAGUAGCUAAUAGUGCCGAAUUUGCUGGGUUACCUGCAAAUGGUCUACGUCAACAAUGGCUUACUGAUUCUAAUCACCAUCAAAAUCAUUUAUUAAAAAGAUGGUUUGUAAAAAGACCAGUUGAUAGUGCAGCUGAAACUCGUUCAACAGCAUCACCAUUCGAUGCUUUAAGAACAAGUCAUCAAUUUAAAGGUUGUAUUGAUCCAUCGGAACCAUUUCAAUGUCCACAAAGUGAACGAUGUAUUGCUCUCCAAUUUAUUUGCGAUGGUCAUGCAGGUGAUUGUCCUGGUAAUCUCGAUGAAAAUGAAGAAACAUGUAUUGCAGUUAAACGACCAGCAAAAGAGAAUAUUGAAAAUUUUCUUCAUGCUGCAUACGUAUUACAUGGUUCACAAUUAUUUACAUUUUUAUUUGGUGAAAAACUUUCUAAUUCUAUUGAAAAAAAUAAAUCAUUUUGGUUAGAUACAUUAGCAUCCGCAUUUUCAGUGGCAAAAAAUAUUAAUAGUUUCGCUAAAAGAUUACGAAUGUCAUCCGAUGAUGUUGAACAUUUUCGAGAUGUAAUUGGAAAAAUUCAUGAUGGACGAUUAGAAGAAAUUCCUUUAGUUGCACAAGAGGCUGUUAAUCAAGGUCUUGCAUCAUUAAUCGAAAAACUUUAUGAAUCCGGAUUUAUGGAAGAAUAA